AUGUGGUCCUCAGCCUCCAUGCACUUGUGGCGUCCAGAGGCGCUAGCUAACAUGAUGAUGUUAAGCUGGAGAAGCCUGGAGGCUUGUGAGGAUAAACUUGAAGAACAUUACAACGUCCUCAUUCAGGCUGACCUGAAAGCCCUGUGGUGCCAUAACUGCAUCUUCCCCAAACACAUAACAAGUAAAAGACAAAAUGUGUUUUAUAAGUCAACUCAUACUGGUCAUAUCAUCUACAUGGUGGAGGAGGAAGGUGAGGUCCCAGAGGACCCCAGUAUGGAGAAGCCCCAUCACUAUUGGCCUUUUGCCACUAGUGACCUCUACAAUUGGAAAGCUCAGAAUCCUAAGUUUUCCAAGAAACUGGCAGGGCUUAUUGAUUUAUUAGACUCUGCUCUUUUUACUCAUCAGCCCACGUGGGAUGAUUGCCAGCAGCUUUUGCAGGUCCUGUUCACGACUGAGGAAAGAGAAAGAAUCCUCAAUGAGGCCCGAAAACUAGUUCCAGGAGCAGACGGGAAUCCCACCACCAACCAGGCUCAGAUAGAUGUCUCCUUCCCCUUAACUCGGCCCCAGUGGGAUUUCAACAUGGCAGAAGGUAAGGAGCAGCUCCGGGUCUACCGCCAGACUCUAAUGGGGGGUCUCCGAAUGGCUGCUAGAAAGCCAACCAAUUUGGCCAAGGUAGGAAAUGUACAACAGGGAAAAGAUGAAUCUCCUGCUGCCUUUUUAGAACAGAUCAUGGAGGCAUUCCGUACCUAACCCAUGGAUCCAGAGGCUCCAGAAAGCAAGGCAGCUGUUAUCAUGGCCUUUGUAAACCAAUCGGCCAUAGACAUUAGGAGAAAAUUACAGAAAAUAGAUAGACUAGGAGAAAAAAGUCUGCAGGACUUACUGGUGGUAGCCAAAAAGGUAUAUAAUAACCGGGAGUCUCCUGAGGACAAGCAGGCUCAUGCCAUGGUGGCUGCCAGCAGUAAGCAGACUCGAGACCUGGUCAGAAUACUACUAGCUACCACUGCUGACUCCCCCGAGGAACGAGACCACUGUCUCUGGCAGCUGGCAGAUGAUGCAAGAAAAGGUAAAGGAACCACC